ACUGUGCUUCAGACUAACGGAUGGACCAUCUGUAGUUUUCAUUUCUCGUGUUUACAAAAUUAGAAAACUAGCUUACUUCUUUCCCUUGCCAGCUGUCAGUAUGGAUAAUACACAGAGAGUUGGAGAGAAACAGUGACGCACCAUACAUUAAGAAGCCAGGAUUCAAGAGUGCUAAGCUUCCUGUGAAACGGCGUCAACAUGGUGCAGGAAUACCAGUCCCCUGUCCGGGUCUACAAGCAUCCAUUUGAGUUGAUAAUGGCGGCCUAUGUGAGGAGGUUCCCAAAGUCGCCCCUGAUCCCAGUGUUCGUGGACAGUGAGAUCGUCAACGAGACCCAAAGCAAGGAUGGAUCCACGGUGGUCACAGAGAGGCGCUGUAUGAUCGACAUCGAGGCCCCACGGCUUCUGAAACGGAUUGCUGGUGUAGACUACCUGUACUUUCUCCAGAAGAACACUCUGAAUCACAGAGACAGGACGCUCCACAUCGAGGUCCGCAACGAGACGUUUUCCAACAGGGUCAUUGUCUACGAGUCCUGCAACUACACGGUUCAUCCGGAGAAUGAAGACUGGACGUGCUUCGAACAGACAGCUAGUCUGGAUGUUAAGUCCUUUUUUGGAUUUGAGAACUCGGCAGAGAAGAUAGCUAUGAAACAGUAUGCAAGCAGUAUUAAAAAGGGCAAAGAAAUGAUCGAGUACUACCUCAGUGAGCUGGAGGACGAAGGAGUAACCUACAUACCUCAUUGGACCCCGCCUGUUGUCUCCGGCACUAUCAGGCUCCAGCUGGCGCCCCCCUCCAUAGCCAGAGCCAUCCCAGAGAACAGUGCUCAGACGGGACCCGACAGUACAGACGCAGACGCAGACGCUGAGAUCGUGCCUGGCUCUCCUGACGACAAGUUGGAUGCCGACUACAUCAGGCGUUACCUUGGUGAUUUAACGCCUCUGCAGGAGAGCUGUCUUAUCCGACUGCGCCAGUGGCUCCUGGAAACCCACAAGGGCAAGAUUCCUAAGGAUCAGCAUGUGCUCCGCUUCCUGAGGGCCAGAGAUUUCAACAUGGACAAAGCCAGGGAGUUCUUGUGCCAAUCGCUCACCUGGAGGAAGCAGCACCAGGUGGACUUCCUGUUGGACACAUGGGAGCGCCCACAGCUGCUGCAGGACUAUUACACCGGAGGAUGGCACCACCAUGACAGAGAGGGACGUCCUCUGUAUAUCUUGCGACUGGGGCAAAUGGACACAAAGGGCUUGGUGCGAGCCUUGGGAGAGGAGGGGCUGCUGAGACAGGUCCUGUCCAUCAACGAGGAGGGUCUGAGGCGUUGUGAGGAAAACACCAGAGUCUUUGGUCGACCAAUCAGCUGCUGGACCUGCCUGGUGGAUCUGGAGGGUCUCAACAUGCGUCACCUGUGGAGACCGGGAGUGAAGGCUCUGCUGAGGAUCAUCGAGGUGGUGGAGGCCAACUACCCCGAGACCCUGGGCCGCCUGCUCAUACUGCGGGCCCCCAGAGUCUUCCCAGUGCUCUGGACCCUGGUGAGCCCUCUGAUUGAUGAGAAUACCCGGAAGAAGUUUCUUGUUUACGCUGGAAACGACUACAAGGAUCCAGGGGGAUUGGUGGAUUAUAUUGACAAUGAAAUCAUCCCUGACUUCCUGCGAGGGGACUGCAUGUGUGACAUCCCCGAGGGAGGUAUGGUCCCCAAAUCUCUGUACAGGACGGCAGAAGAGCUGGAGAGUGAGGAGAACCGCCUGCUGACUGACUCCAUCUAUAAGUGUGCCAGUAUUUUCAAGGGAGCCCCAUAUGAGAUGCUGAUCGAGAUCACCGAGGCCUCCUCCGUCAUCACCUGGGACUUUGACGUGUGUAAAGGAGAUGUACAUUUCAACAUAUACCAUUCUAAAAGGGUCCCACAGCCCCCUAAGAAAGACACUCUCGGGGCCCAUGGCAUCACCUCCCCAGGGGCCGUUAACGCCCAGAUGAUUGACAGGAACUGGGUGCUGGGCCAGGACUACAGCAUGGUGGAGAAAGCCCUCAUCUGCAAGGAGGGAGAGAGCGUACAGGGCUCCCACGUGACGCGCUGGCCCGGCUGCUACAUCCUGCAGUGGCGCUUCCACAGCUCCCCCGCCUGCUCCGCCUCCAGCCUGCCGCGAGUGGACGAUGUGCUCGCCUCGCUGCAGGUCUCCUCCCACAAGUGUAAGAUCAUGUACUACACCGAGGUGCUGGCAUCCCAUGACUUCAGGGGAUCCAUGACCAGUCUGCAGUCCAGUCAUAGUGGUUUCUCUCAGCUCAGCGCUGUCACCACUUCCUCUAGCCAAUCACACGCCAGCUCCACCGUCUCCAGGUAGCAUCUGCCCGCCAGCUGCCACCGACAGCAGGGACCUUAACCUAGUGACAUCUUACUCAAACUGUGCCUUAUGCCUCCAGAGAGAGGCAGCCUUACACUCACACUCACUAAUGACAACUUGAUCUAACAACUGAGGGUGAGGAGAGUAUUAUGUCAAAUAUUUAUGAAUAAAUAAAUGUUUUUUUUGUUUUUUUAAGAUGGGUCAAUACAGUAUUAUUGGUAGGGGAUCAUGUAUUUAUAAGUUUCCAUCCCAUAUGAUGACUAAGUUGAACAAUAGUGUACAUUAUAACAGAAACAAUGCACAGUGCCAAUAUCUUGAGUUGUAGUUUCAUGUGUCCAAAACAUCUGCUGGAUUAAUUUAAGCAACAUUUGAUUUUUACAUGCAAUUAAAUGUAGGUUUCUGUACAAUGCACACAGCGCCUGUCCCUGAAGUUGCUUGUAUUGCCCACAAGAUGUCAGAGUCCUCUGCUCUGAAAUCUGCAGUGUACUCUCCACAUGCAUUUCCCCUCACACUUUGUCUGUCCUUCGAAGAAAUUGUAAGAAGUGUUGUUUAAAUAAAGAAUUUAUCACAAGCAUUAAUA